UUUUGUUCACAGCUCCUCUCUCAGAGUGUGGAUGACUGUACAGCCACGGUGCAGAUUGUUGGUACAACGUCGGCUCCCAACCAGAUAGAUAUUCCACUAGGAACUGUCUGUGUCGAGUGUGUUGUCGAUGGAGUAGUAGACGCCUCAUUCCUAAUUGGAAACUCACCAUUCCCACCAAGCCAGGGAACGCUGAUGGGAGGAGUUCUGGUGGUCUAUGAUACUAGCGUGACCUUCCCGGCAUCUCCUGCCCUGACUUUGCGGUGUAAUCGUAGCUCAGGGGGUGUAAGACAGGCUUCAGUUACUUGGACGUGUAUCUACCUCCAAUAAUCACGGGAGACUCUACAGUCAAUGAGGGAGGCAUGCUGUUCCUCUCCUGUGACAGCACAAACUCCAACCGAGAACCGAUUGCACAGUGGUUCGACAAAGAUGGCCAGAUGGUGUCUUCAUCUGGAUUACUGAAUAUCCCCAACAUCAUGAGGUCUCAGGCUGGGAACUAUACCUGUCGAACCUCUCCUCCAAACCUUGACAACUCUACCAGCACAACUGUGACAGUGGUCGUACAAUGUGAGUCACAGUGUAUAUAGUUAGCUAUGCACCAAGCUAAAAACAAUCAUUUCC